AUGUGUGAGGAAUUGUUAGGAUGGAAAAAUAGACUUGAAGUUGGGGAAUGGGUUGUGGGAGGUGAUUUCUACUCCAUAAAGAAUAGAGAGGAGAGGAGGGAUAAGGAAUCAAGUUAUAGAAGAGUAGAAAUGGAAGAGUUCGGUGGUUUUAUAAAGAGUAUGAUGUUGGUGGACAUACAGGUGAUUGGAAACUUAUUCACUUGGUUAAAACCGAAUGGUAAGGCAUGUAGUAGGUUGGAUAGGAUCUUACUCUCAGAAGAUCUUGUCACAACUUGGGGUGUUGUUGCUCAAGAGAUGGGAAUGAGGGAUGUAUCUGACCACAAACCAGUGUGGCUGAAAGCUAGUAGGAUGAAUUGGGGCCCUAAAGUCUUUAAGGUACACAGAGGCUGGCUGGAACAUAAGGAUUUCAAGGAUUUUGUGAGCAAGGAGUGGAAUGAGUUCAAUGUGAAGGGUAGUAGAGCUUUUGUAUUAAAAGAGAAUCUGAAAAUGCUGAGAGCAAGACUAAGGUGGUGGAAUAUUAAUGUAUUUGGAUGGAUUAACUUAAAAGUAGAUAAUGAAGUAUCUACCAUGAAUAUUUUGGAAGAUCAAUUGAUGCAAUUUGAUGAAGAGCCUUCCACUGAAGAGUUAGAAACAAGAAGGAACCAGCAGGAGGUAAUUUGGAGAAACCUAAAGUUGAAGGAAGGGAUGAUCAGACAGAAAUCUAGGGAGAGAUGGGUGAAGGAAGGAGACAAUAAUACAAAAUUCUUCCACUCAAAUUUGAGGGCAAGGAUGAGAAGGAAUGAAAUAGUGACUGUAGAGAACAACAUGGGAGUAUCAUUAGAAUUCGUUCAAGAAAUAAAAGAAGAAGUGAAGAAGCAAUUUGAGGAUAGAUUUAGUGGUGAUCAUACUUUGAGACCUUACUUGAAGCAUGUAACACCCCAUUUUUAA